AUGGUGGAUCAACAGAAGAAGGCCUUUGAAACAUGUUUUAAGAAAGAGAAAGCAGAUCUUAGUGGCACAAUGGCAUUGCUUAUCAUGAUGCAUGAGACUGGUGGUGGGAAAAGACUAGAUUCCAUUUGGUGCAAGCAAUAUGUGGAAGAUUUGACGUCAAAUCUUCCAUGGAAUGUCCUGAUCAAUCAAUGUAAACUGGCUAGCCUGAUUCAGAUGGAUUGUGAAUGUAGUGUGCAGAGACACAAAGUGUUUGAUAAGCAAGGCCAAACAGAGCAUGAUGCCCCCGACCCCAGACCAUGUUCCUCCCCACCAAAACCAUCUUUGGGAUUCUUGUGGUAG